UACAAAAGAAGUACCCACCAGGACUUUGCUGGUUGUGCUGUAUGCUAGCCGAUUCUUGUUUGAUGUAUGGCACAGUGACACUUCUCAGAAGUAAGUAAUGUAAAUAAGAACAGGCAUUUAUGUGGUUGGCUAUUGAAGUGCGAGCACGAAAGGUGAAUUUGGUACUUGGUGUACUCCUCCUGUUUGAAGGAAUAGUGUCUCAUAUUAUGUCCCACUUUGCUGUCGAUGUUUUAUUCGACUUCCGUGUUGAACUUUUUCGUUCAAUAAUUUUUUUUAUUACAUUGUAUAUCUUUACAUGUUACGGCCUGACCACUGGAUUUGCUACUUACUGCACCACUCCCUACCUCCCCCCCCCCCCCCCCAGCUUCCCUUUGUGAUAUGCUCAGCCUACAGGCAAAACGGAAACCAUUUCUUUCUUUUUUAUCAGGUUCAAUUGCUUUGCUUUGUUGUAAUGUCACUGAACUGCAAACUGACAAAGUGUAUUUUUCAUUUUUUAUUGCUUCAGUGUGGUUACAAGUUUUGACCGAUGUGCAAUACAAAAAGAGGUCCCAUAGUCAAAGGCUGUAUUGGGACCUCUGGUCAAGGUUAAGGGGUGAGAGGAAUUACUAUAUGGCAGCAAAUUAAAGCAAUAUCAUGACAUUAACAUACAGGUCAAAAAGCAUAACAAAUAUAAGAGAACAACUUGAGCGGAAGUAAACAAAAAAGAAGAAAAAACAAGUGAAGAAAAAGAGUACUAGUAUGUACGAAUGCAUAUUAAGCUACAGACAAAUGACAAGCAUAAAAAAACAUGUAUUCAUUCCAAUACAGAGCCACAUCAAUUACACACACACAAAAAAAAUGAGCAAUAUACAUGAAACAGCUAGGGUGCCAAUCUAGAAAAGGAAGCAUCAGAACAAUGCGGUACACAGUGAGAAAGAAUUGAAAAGAGACUUAACAGUCAGUGAACAAUUUCACAGUUUCUAUGUUGUACUUAUCUGUUGUACUAAAUCUUUUAUUGCCCUCUUGCCUUUUAUCCAUUUCAGAUGAGUGUAACUGUACUAAUCGUCAUUUUUAACAAGAAGAUUUGGAUACUUUCCCGUGCUGUAGGAUGCAACAAUAUUUUGAAGUUCUAGCCGCAGGUGCUGCUGCAUGUGCUUAGGAGUUUCCUUCAUUGACGGAACAAGGGACAACACAAAAUGGGUAACGUCGUCCAUUGCCUGGCUUGCUGCGAGGGCACCUCUUAUGGCUUCAAUUCUCAAAUCUAUUUCCUCGAUUUCUUUCAUUGUUUUCUGUCUCUUUCGUGCCUGUCUCUCUGUCCCCUCAGGCAAGGUCACGGAUGAUUCUUUGCUUGUGCAUGAGGUUGCUUUAGGGGAGCAGCCAGGCGACGGAAACAUUUCUUCAAAAAUCUCCUCGUUUUCACAAUGAUCUUCAAGUAUAACAAGUGUUUCCUCUGCUGCGGUGCUGUCAUACGCACAAUUCUGUUCAUCUGGGGAAAUGUUGCUGUGGCUCCUGUGUAAUAUACGUGCAGCUUAAUAAUGUGCACUCGUGUACCUUCAUACAUACCGUUGCUCUUACCGGCGUGGUUCAAACAAAUCUGACAUGAAGCGCAGCCUUUCCAUGUAUGGCCAGUUGUUGGAUUUUGUUUUCUUUGUAGCAGCUGAGCCACUCCUUUGCUCAUCUUUAACAUCUUUCAGUUUUCGCCGAAAUGUGUCCUUUAGGUUUUUCCAUCUGCUCUGUAUUUCAUCCAUGGUCACUGAAAAAAAUUAAGCAAUAUAACAAAAUGUAAAAGCAGAAGUUACAUGUAGAAAUUUUAUCUCUUUAUAAGUGUGUAGCCUAAUAAGCAGCGCAAUCUCUAUAUACGAUGCCAUCAGCUGAUUCGUGAUCGCAUUUCAAUGUUCCUGGAACGGGGUCGUGUCCUUCAGUGAGUGGUCCGAAAAUUAGCUGGGAAAUUCUAAAAGAAACCUCGACGCACCGGCACCUUGUAUUCUGCGUUUUUUCACACAUAAUUGAAAUAGUGUAAUUGUCUAAACUUGGUAUGCUGAGCAGAGGGAAAUGUUAUGUUGGUUUGUUUUCUUCGUUGCUUCUUGCACGAUUCCUUGCCGUGGGUAUGUGCCAAAGUACGGAAAUCAUAAUCAUCAGCGAGCGAAGAUCAUCUAGAAGAGCUAGUCGGCGCUGGGCAUAUAUAUAGCGGACAAAUUUUAUAUAAUAUACAGCCUGCGUGAAUUUGUUAGAAUGUCUUCAGGCAUUUUACAAAAUCCUACAUAUUAGUGGUAUAUUUCAGAGAGGUUCAUCAUACGUAAAUGCUUUCCCCUUUAUAUGUAUUAUUAAGUGCAGCUUAUAGAAUUAUGAUAAGCUUUUUCAAUGCCCAGUUGUAAAAUUAUAGUGUAGUUUUCCAAAAUUUUGCUAUAAAAAUGCAACAAAACUGACAUCCUAAUUAAACACUCCACUUACCACAGUCACUACAUUUUAACUCUUCCUUUAAAUGCAACAGACCUCAUCAAAUUCGGUGCAAUGGUUGCUGAGAAAACCGAUUUCUACGUUUUCGUCUAUUGGAUAAGAGCCGAUUUAUUUACGUAGGAACAAAUAAAGAGGCCGAACACAUACCGUUUGGGUCGAUGGUCCUCAUUGCCUCCAGCACUUCAUCCCACAACGCAGAUCUGUUCGAGGUCUUCUUGUAGUCGUUAAGCGCGGCGUUCCACAAAAGCGGACGCAUGGCCACUUCAUCAAUUAACAUAUCGUUAAAGCUGGCGCGCGACAUUGCUCAGCUCAGCUUCCAAAUCGCGGUAAAACAGGAAAGCGCCUAUUUCGACGGCGCUUGCUCUUACGUCACACGUUGCCCCUCCCAGACUGAGCGACGGCGCGACCAACUUGUUGGAAUCUCGUCGCGGAGAGCCCACAACGUCGCGGCGGUCGCUGAGCGACGGAAUUCGCUCUGUCGCUGACUGAAAAUCGCGCCAUGUGAAACAGCCUUAUGGUGUUCCUGUACAUGGCUUCCGUUGCUUGAUCGUUCGGUGAGCGCAUGCUUUCGGCAUUCUACUAGACGUCGUACAGCGCGCUCGUCCGACCACUUUCCGAAUAGGCGGUGCUGGGUAAUUAGCAGCUGCAUAUUUUCCUCGACAAACGAAGUGGUGGUCGUCGGCGGACGGAUGUCCGACGGUCGGAGGUCCCGAGUGGCGGUUGCCGAUGCCGUCGUCGAGUUCGUUUCGUCGCGGCGCGGCAAGCCGAAGGCUAAGUACGCCGGCCGCACGUUUACGCUGGACACAAAAAAUGGUCAGCGCCACCAUUGGCGUUGCGACGUGCGUCAGUGCAGAUCGCGGCUCACGACCGACGUGUACGAGAACCGCCACAUGGUCUACCGAUUCCGGGAGCACAACGAAGGCCAGCACCGGCGCGUGGCCAGCAAGAUAAAGAGGCGUGACGCCACGUACAGGCAGCAGAUGCAUGUCAAGCGGGAUAUAGGCGUCUCCUCCGACAACACGAACGCGUCCGGCACUGAUCUCGGAGGCUACUGUGUACCAGUUAUAAGAGCGUUAUGUCGCACCGUGCAGCCAGCGAAGAAGAUCGGCGACUUCCUGUACGUGCUGGAGAACUGCAUCGGAGGCCUGUGCUUCUGGCGCUGCGUGCACGUGAGCUGUCCCGGACGAUGCCGCACCCACGACGGCGACGUAGUCGCUGGGCCGUCGCCGCACACGCAUGGGCGGCACACCGCGGCGGACGAACCGGACACCAGGGCGCACGACGGCGAAGACUCUUCCUCCUGCAAGGAGUUCCAACUAGACGCCUGCGAACAGGCUCCACCAGGCGUCAGCGAGGCGACCACUACGGACACGGAUCCCAAACACCGCGAGGUUUCAUUGCAGCAGCACCAGCAGGGGAGCUGUAGUGAAAUUUCGAAUGGGAGCGCGGACAGUCCCGUGGUCAUCAACUCGGAACCACGUUCGCCGCUCGCUCCCGAAGCUGCGACAACUUCCGACGUCGGCUUCAGUGCCGUCGAUAAAACGGCACCGACGCACGCACCUGACGUCAUCACCGACGCCACGACGGCGGCAGGUGACGACGGCCCGCUGUUUCGAGUAAGCAGCCCUUUCAGUUGUCCCGAUCAGCGAAGGUCAUUGCAGACGGCGUACGAUGAGACAUCUGCUGCUGCUGCCGCCGCCGCCGCCCCUGAAGCUUUCAAUUACGUUGACUUGUCGGACUACGAAGGCAAUGACGAGAAAGAACAAUUGCCCCUGAGAUCGAUCGGCGCUGCUGUCAUCUCUGAGGUCACGGGCGAGCGCUCGCACUUGACUGCCGCCGCCGGUUACGGACUCGCAGCGAGCGGACCCAGUUCGGGUCUAGCGGAGGUGCUCCAGAUGACCGCGCAAAGUACGGACAGUCGCGAGCGGGACCUGCGGGUGGACAUUCUGCUGCAGAUGCGCCGCCUGCUUGAGGCCGAGACGGACCUGGUGAACGAGAGGCGGCGCAACGAAGUUUUGCGCGGGAAGCUGCUGCGUCGCCAACUGCUGGGUAUCGUGACGGAGAGCGAACCAGCGCCUCCGUACAUUUGAGGUCCACCGCGGUGUGGUUCCACGUUUUGGUGACUGUGUGACCUGCUCUGCGGACUGAAGAUCUCGGGAAAGUGCUCGAGUGACACACCGCCGUUGGGGAACGGCCGCAGGGGUUGAGUGACUACAGAUUCUGCUACUGAGCCAAAUGGUGUGUGAAUAUCCUGCGCGCAUGUUCUGGCAUCUGUGUUUCGUAGGCACGGAAAAGCAAUGCACUACAUAUGCCACCAAAACAACUCGGUCACUGUGUGUGUGUGCGUCCGUGAAUGACGACGUUAAAGUUAACACAUGUGAAAGAUUAUGUAAAUAAUUGGAAGGUUAAGUUUUGAAUAAAACACCCGUGUACUUAUAUUUAGGUGCACAUUGAAAAACCCCCGGUGGUCCAAAUUUCCGGAGUCCCCCCCUACAGCGGGCCUCAUAACCAGAUCGUGGUUUUGGCACGUAAAACCCCAUAAUUUUUUUUUUUGAAUUUUGAAUCUUUAAUUAAAGGUCCGCCUUUUCAACAGAAGCGCACAAACACUGUAUGUGUAUUGGCAACGCCAUAAUUUGUUGCCUGUGCUGGCAACAAUAUUCAAACAGAUUAUUUACAACAUUGCUAGAUAACGGUUGUUUACUUAUUGAUUUUUGUGUGCCCUCUUUCUUGUUUCUUUUCACAGCUAUACUUUCAAAAAUUACUAUGUCGGCACAUUUAUAUACUGUACAGAAUUGUGGAUGUUCCUUUUUUGUGCGAUUUUAAUGUUACCUUAGAAGAAAGCUUGUUGUCUCAAAUGCGCUGUUUGUCACCACCAGAAGGGUAGGCCUCCUCAGGCAUACACAGCCUUUAGCCUCCCUCCUGAUGUGGCGAUGUAUGUUUGGAUGCUGUAGAUAUGAAAUUGAAAAAGAGAAUAAACUUGAAACUUGAAACAAA